AUGCGCAAUGUCUCAACUCCGACCCGUCGAGGUCGAGGUGGGGGCAUGAUUGGUACUCUGCCAUCAGGUCGAUCUCACAACACCUUCCGAACCCCUUCUGUGUCAUCGGUCCCACCAUCCUCAUCCCCGCUAUUGUCUCUAUCUUUGAUUCCACCUUUGAUUCCUCCAUCCUCCUCAAUGGGAGGUUGGAUAUCUCAUACUAGUCCCGGUCGCCAUAAAAACCCGUGGUUGGAGUCGGUAUCCCCCUCGCGAUGUGACAAUGCAUGCGAGUGGUGUCAGGAGGCUCUCCCUGAUCUUCCACUACUCGGAGUCGAACAUUUGGGUACCUUGGAGCAGUACAUCGGUAUAUGCAAUAUUGGCUUAAAGGACGUUCAUACUCGGAUCCUCUUGGAGCACAACAAGAUAACUCACUGGACUUAUUUUCGCCGCGUGCAUCCGGACAACCCACUCAUGAUGAAGUUUGCCGAAGGGCCGGCUCAGCAAUUGUGUGACGGAAUUGCCCUAUGGGUGGCCACCCUCCAGAAGAACAGGCAAGAGAUUGAAAACGAGGUCAAAUACGCAUCCAAUAGAUAG